AUGGGUUUGACUAAGCUUUUUGGGCAACUGCCAACUGGUACCGGUGCAGAGAGAGUCUCGCUGACUAGAAAGCUUUACACCCUUCGUCUUCAUGGCCAGGCUCCGCAUUCUCGCUUUCGCUCUCUCUCUUUCCCUCGUCCUCCCGCUCGCGCUCUCCUCCGACCCCCUCUCCUCUCCCCGGCUCCCGCUCCUCAGCCCUCCUCCGGCUUCCCUUCCCCGCCUGCGCCGCCCCCGGCGGAUCUCGCUCCCGCCCCCGCCCCCGCCCCCGCCCCGCAGACGUCGCCUUCUCCACUGCCUGGUGAGACGCCCGCCCCCGCUCCCGCCCCGAGCAAUGCCGCGGACGAGAGCCGCUCCGCGACCGGGUCCGUCCCUUCCGACGAGGAGUCCAACGACGGAGGAGGAUCUCCCGGCGGGAUGAGCGGCGGCAAGAAGGCGGGGAUCGCCAUCGGCGUGGUCGCCGCGGUCGCGCUCGCCGUGCUCGGAGGAAUGGUGUACAGGAGGAGGCAGGAGAACAUACGGCGCUCGCAGUACCGUUACGCGGCGAGGAGAGAGAUUCUGUAGAGAAGGCUCGAAGGGUUCCUUUGUAAUGGUACCGAGCUGUGUCCGAUGUUAGGAGAUCAGUUUUUGUCGUGACGCUGUCGCUGACCAGUGCAUGGAGAAGUGAAGGGAAGAUAGAGAGAGAAAGAGGUUCUGCCAUUUUGAUUGAUUUUCGCUCUAUUUAUAUAUAUACACUGAAUAAUGCAUAGUCCAUAUUUAGUCAGCGAUUCGCCGUUGUUGAUUGUCGAUCGUCGUCUUCAGCUUCUGUUGACAU